UCAUGGAUGUCACUGCAGAUGAAUCCAUAGCUGCGGCUCUCUUGGCAGGACCACGACAUGAAGAGCUCACUGGAAAAAAGAAAGAAAUUCUCUCAGCAGGGGAGUGACACAACGCGGAUUUUAAUGGUGCGGCUCCUUUAAGUUCAUUUACAUUAAACUAACAUAUGCAACAUUUUUGCAACAUUUGUGAUAUCUCGAGUGGUACCUCGCUUCCUCUACCUCAAAAAAAGAAGGAAAAAAAAAAGAAACUGGUUUCACACAACGAAAAAAAAAAAAAAAUCAUGUCAUCCUCUGAUUGGCCACGUGCUGGCACGUAAAACCACACCAGGUUCGUCUUAGCAGAGAAGUGAUCGGCGUUUGCUACAGGUAGUAAGACAUGUUUCUCAACUUUCCCUGAGCUUGUUACCGCUUGAAUGCAUAAAGACAUUAGACUACAGCACAGCGCCUGGUGCAAAGAUUCACUGUAGCGAGAGUCCGGCUCUGAGGCGCGCACACAUUUCAGGACCUUGGACAGCGCACGGCGCCGCAGUGGCGACGCGUGGAUUCAACCGGUGGCUCUCAACCAGAGCAGCAGUGUGAGGGGACCGUUUGACUGAAUGUUUCAUAUAAACUCCCUGUUUCCCGCAUGUGGUUAAGGCUACUUGCUUUCCGGAUAAUUUUGGACUCGUGUGUUUUUCCCUCUUUCUAACACAGAGCGUCUCCCGACGACUCCGUCGUGUAGGUAGGCGUGCCGCUGGAUGAGUGGUUGACUCCAGAAACCGUGCCGAGCAGCGUGGAAUAGGUGACUGUCAGGCGGGCGGAGUGGUGUGGUGGUGCCUAAGAGACCCUCCAUUUAUAAGGAUGCUGGUGGGAAAUGCCUGGAGACAGAGAUGACGAGAUUUGUCAAAAGGCACUUGAACUCCUGUCAGAUCUUUGUUCGAAGGGGGAAGUGCAGAACGAAAACUGCCUGGAUUUUAUCUACUAUUUCCGAGACCUUGCCAGGCCACGCUAUACGGAUUCAGAUAUAUCGGUGAGUCUGCUGUCACUGGUAGUGACAGCUUGUGGCUUGGCCUUGUUUGGGGUCUCCCUCUUUGUCUCCUGGAAGCUCUGCUGGAUACCAUGGAGGGAGCGCGGGCUUUCCCCCACAACCAAGGAGGCUCACGGGCACCUCAACCCCACCAUGAGCCCUCUGCCCUCUCAGCCCGUGCCCAGGCAGCCAGUUUACACUGCCGUGGACCCCCCGACGCACAACCGCCGUGAGUCCUCGCACUGCUCCAUCGCCAGAGAGCCCACUCCAGUGGCAUCUGUUGUAUCAGUGGAGGCUCCGGUGACUCCCGUCUCACCACCGCCUGUGGUCAUGGCCACGCCUGAGGCAGCUAUGAAGAUCAGCCACACAUCUCCAGACAUCCCACUGGAUGCCCAGAAUAAAAGUCGGGAAAAUGGGGUUCACACUAACCCUCGUAUGCAGAGACAGACCACCGAGCCCCCGCCAUCUGGUCGCUCAAUGUCUGAAAUUGGACAAGGGUCCAUUCGCAGACAUAUGAACCUGUCCAACCCAGACUUCAACGUGGCCCAGUUCCAAAGGCAGGACUCCCUCACCGGAAUGGGGCUGGGCCUCGGCCGUCUCAAACCAGAGCUCUACAAACAGCGCUCCCUCGAGGGAGACGAAGGCAGUCGCAGAGGAGGAGGCUGUGGACGCCUCCACUUCAUCCUCAAAUUUGACUGUGACCUGGAACAGCUAAUAGUUAAGAUCCACAAAGCAGAGGACCUCCCAGCUAAGGACUUCUCUGGUACCUCUGACCCUUAUGUUAAGAUCUACCUGCUGCCUGAUCGCAAGACCAAGCACCAGACCAAGGUGCAUCGCAAGACGCUGAACCCUGUGUUUGAUGAGGUCUUCCUGUUUCCUGUGGCGUACUCCGAGCUUCCAACGCGCAAGCUGCAUUUCAGUGUCUAUGACUUCGACCGCUUUUCUCGCCAUGACAUUAUUGGCCAAGUGGUUGUAGACAACUUCCUGGAUCUGGCAGAUUUCCCCAGGGAGACGAAACUCUGCCGGGACAUCCAGUAUGUCUCCUCGGAUAAUGUGGACCUUGGAGACCUGAUGUUUUCCCUCUGUUACUUGCCUACUGCAGGCAGAUUGACUAUUACCAUGAUAAAGGCCCGCAAUCUCAAGGCCAUGGAUAUCACUGGUGCUUCUGAUCCAUACGUGAAGGUUUCUCUAAUGUGCGAUGGUCGGAGACUGAAGAAGAGGAAGACAUCGACAAAGAGGAACACUUUGAAUCCAGUCUAUAAUGAGGCCAUUGUCUUUGAUGUCCCUCCAGAAAACAUAGAGCAGAUCAGCCUUUUGAUUGCAGUGAUGGACUAUGACCGUGUAGGCCAUAAUGAGGUCAUUGGUGUGUGUCGAGUUGGCAAUGAUGCGGACAGCCUCGGUCGAGACCACUGGAGCGAAAUGCUCACAUAUCCCCGAAAACCUGUCGCCCACUGGCAUCCUCUUGUUGAGUACCAGGGGACCACAGGAAGUAGCCAGGGAGGGUCCUGUAAUUCUUUGAAGACGCCUCCCUCUCCGUAGCUUUGAGCAGCAAUUCACAUGAGAGCACCAAUCAACCCAAAGCCUCGGCUGUACCUUUGGACAGUAGUGCUGCUGAGUGCUGCACACACAUGGUCCUAAAAGAAGAAUGCAGACAUCCAUAAACUACUAUGGAAAAGAGAGACAAACUGUCUUGAGCUCUGCUCAGUUGGAUCAGUUGCAUGUUGAAUGACCGCAAAGAUGGAUGUUUUCUUUUCUAUAAUGUUCCAUAAGAAAAACAACAGGCAUAUGCAGACAUUUUAAGUCUGUGUUAUUCCUGGGUUUAUACAGUAGUUACUGUUUUUUUACAUAGUCUUGUUACUUGUUUUAAUGAGGUGAGUCUGUAUUUGCACAAUGUACUUACAACCAGUUGAACUGCCAUACUGUUUUUUAAUUUGGUGGUGAAUUGGUGCAUGAGGUCAUGGUUUGAUGGGAUAUCUUCCUCCUCGUUUGUUUGUUUCUGUUUCUAUUUUGGGAAUACAAAGUGUUGUUCUGUCAGUUGAUGUGCAGUGACAGUUAAUUUCUAGACAAAGUAUCUGUAAGUAAAAUAUGUUAAAUGUUAACAAUAAAUAUUAUUCCAUAAAAAACAAACACUGUUGAUCUUUGCCCACUCCAUUCUUGUGUGCAAUACAGUUUAAUUGUGCAAUAACCUUUCUCCUCAUUUUCUGGUAGUUAAUUAUAAAUUUAACUGAUUUCAGUUCUAUACAGUGAACAAGAAUAUCUGUGAAACAAUAAAAUAUGGACCGUAAGUUAGAAAACAAUAUUAAAAGUUAUGAUUUAUUUUGUAGCAUGUCAGUUCUAUUACUGUUUAAGAUUAGUGAAUCAGAAGUAUGAUCCAUAAAAAUGCAGCCAAGUGGAUUUCUGAAUCACAUAAGAAAGGCUGCUUGUGUAAGAAGAUUAUGAAUGCCUGUAGGCACAGCUCUGAAAUGAACCUUUGCCAAAUUAGAAACUAAACAAAAGUUAAACAUUUAUCACACUGCACAUUUGCAAUGGUUCCCUUUGCAGUGAGCAAUUGAUUUAAUUUUAGACAGUGGAUUGGAAGCAGUCAAAAGUGUUGCUCAUAAUUUGGCAAGUAGUUGGUUAGCUGUAAACUGUGGGAUUCAGAAUGACCCUUCAGAUAACCAUGGGUGGGUACAGUGUGUGCUGUGGCUCUAUUUUGCACAUAAAACAGGAAGUGACUGUAAGUUUGCUGAAAUCGCUUUGCAUCCAGGAGCUUGUCUGACUCAGUGGAUAAGUUGGAACGUAUUUACCUGCAACUUCAUUAUCCUGUUUUAAUAUUUUCCCUCUUUUCUAUUUGGAACAGUUCAGUUCCCCUCAUGCUCCUUACUCACUUAAUUUGCUUCAGUGGCUUACAGCCAGCACUUCUCUCCACUGUGCCAAUGCUGUUGUUGCAUUUAGCCUUCUGCUGUUUCCUUUGCCUUGUGUAUUGGUGAAAGGCUAUAGCCCUGGUGGUGAGUGGAAGCUACAAUAAAAUUUUCUAA